AUGAUGGGCCACAGAGUCACAACACAGCUGCAGACAGACAGCAGCCAAUCGCUCUUCAUCCUGACUCUGGCUUUGUCCAAUGAGAGACGGCUGAAGGGUGCUAACGAUCAAACCAACCAGACCAACCAGACCAAUCAAACCAAUCAGACCAAUCAGACCAACCAGACCAAUCAGACCAACCAGACCAAUCAAACCAAUCAGACCAACCAGACCAAUCAGACCAAUCAGACCAACCAGACCAAUCAGACCAAUCAGACCAACCAGACCAAUCAGACCAACCAGACCAAUCAAACCAAUCAGACCAAUCAGACCAACCAGACCAAUCAGACCAAUCAGACCAAUCAGACCAAUCAGACCAACCAGACCAAUCAGACCAACCAGACCAACCAGACCAAUCAAACCAAUCAGACCAAUCAGACCAAUCAGACCAACCAGACCAAUCAGACCAAUCAGACCAAUCAGACCAACCAGACCAAUCAGACCAAUCAGACCAACCAGACCAAUCAAACCAAUCAGACCAACCAGACCAAUCAGACCAACCAGACCAACCAGACCAAUCAAACCAAUCAGACCAAUCAGACCAAUCAGACCAACCAGACCAAUCAGACCAAUCAGACCAAUCAGACCAACCAGACCAAUCAGACCAAUCAGACCAAACAAUCAGCAACAAAUGAAUUAAGUUUAAUCCAGUCGAUCCUGCCACGUCUGUUGGUAGCGACAACGCAGCUGCUGGACGAAGUCCACAUGAAGACUGUCUGA